AUGUCCGAUUGGAUACGUGAUGACACUUCGCUUCUGCAAAUUGUUGCAGUAAUUGCAGGGUCAUUGUCACCAGUGCAAGAGCAGAGAAGCCAUGCUUCGGAACUGCUGGAAUCAUUCAAGAUGCAAACAGAGUUUUUGAACUAUUUAUGCUAUCUUUUGACUGACGCAGACACAGAUACACUGUUGAACUCUCAGUACUCGUUUCUGGAUGUCCAGAACUACAGAGCUGCAGCAGGAAUGAUACUCAAGAAUUCUCUCUUGGGCGAUGCCAAAAUGUACGAUUUGAACUACGUCAAAAGAAACAUAGCAAAGGGCUUGCUUUCUAAUGUAACGCUGAUAUCAAAUAUUACAGGUAUCGUCAUCACGACGCUGUUUUCUACAUACUAUCGGAAAAAUCGUGAAGAUCCGACUGGUGUUGAGCUGCUUUCUCAAUUGUUAGAACUGAUGGCCAAUGGGAAAGUGGCAAGUGCAAAGGCCUUGUCCAAAAUAAUGGAGGAUAACGCCCAGUUUUUCCUUUUGGAAUGGUCAGGCUCAGUCAAGCCUAUGGACACAUUGGUGGAAAGCUUUUUGACCUAUUCCGUCUCUGACUCGAACCCGGUCGUAAGAGCAGAGGCCUUAAAAAGUUUGAAUCAGGUCAUUCCAUUACAAACACAAAGCUUUAUAGUGAGAAUCGACGAAUUCCUGUCCAACAUCUUUCAGCUGGCGCAAAAUGAUCAGAGUGAUGUGGUGACCUUCCAAAUUUGCAUUUCCCUGACCGAACUUCUCGAGUUUAGACCUGAUAAAUUGAUAAAUCACUUGAGCGGAAUCAUCGGCUUUGUUGUGCAUGUAGUAAGUUCGUCUUCAAAACCGGAAGUUGCGUUGCAAGCUGCCGAGUUCCUACUGGCAUUUGCAUCCAAUUCCUAUGUUCCGGAGAGUAACGUCACACCUUUCAUUGCCACUGUUGUGCCCAUGCUCUUAGCGAAAAUGACUCAUGACGAAGAUGAAAUUAUUGUCUUUGAAGCCUCUAACGACGACGAUGCCGAACUAGAAGAUAGAGACGAGGACAUUAAGCCAGCCACCGCCAAAAUAAGUAAAAAAAGAGAAUUAUCCGGCGCAGACGACGAAUAUGCUGAUGAUGACGAUGAUGAUGGCGAUCAUGAUACUCAAUGGAAUUUGCGGAAAUGCUGUGCAGCCACCCUGGAUGUUCUGACCGGUAUAUUGCCAAGGGAUGUUUUGUCUGUUGGGUUCCCCAUACUCAGGGAGCGACUUUCCUCAGAAGAAUGGUAUGUUCGGGAAGCCGCCAUUUUAGCGUUUGGUGCAAUGGCAGAUGGUGGAAUGAGAUAUUUUGCCGAUCAGUUGCCAGCACUGAUACCUUUUCUUCUUGAGAAAUUAAAUGAUAAAUGGGCCCCUGUUCGCACCAUAACUUGCUGGACCUUAAGCAGGUUUUCUACAUGGAUUUUAGCCGACAACACCCAGUUCUUGAUGCCUGUAUUGGAGUCCCUCAUGACUUCCCUCUUAGACAAAAAGAAAAUGGUCCAAGAAGCCAGCAUUAGCAGUGUUGCCGUGUUUAUCGAAAACUGCGAUGCUGAGAUAGUAGAAACUCUACUUUACAAUGAAUUACUGGUCAGAUUCCACCAGUGCUUCCAGCUGUAUCAAAAGAAAAAUCUUAUUAUUCUAUAUGAUGCGGUCGGCAGACUCGCGGAGAAAUGCGAGUUUGAUGAGACCGCGAUGAAUUACAUUCUUCCGCACCUCAUCGAAAAAUGGGGUUCUUUGUCGGACACGGACAAAGAACUCUGGCCUUUGUUGGAAUGUCUGUCAUACGUUGCUGCAUCUCUCGGUGAAAAGUUCGCCCCCAUGGCCCCAGAGGUCUAUCAUCGUGCUUGGAGAAUUCUAGUACAUUGCGUAGAACUGGAAACGCAGUCUCAAAACGAUCCAUCACUAGAAGUUCCAGAAAAAGACUUUACCGUGACGUCGUUGGAUCUAAUUGGCGGGCUAAUUCAGGGAUUGGGUCCUAGCAGUCAAGAGCUCUUGUUUCCCGGAGGCGAUCGUUCUGCGAUGCAAGUACUUGCGCAAUGUUUACAGGACCCUGUACACGAAGUGAGGCAGAGUGCUUUUGCACUUUUGGGGGACAUUGCAUAUUCAUAUGAUCCUGUUCUGCUGAGCCAAAAUUUGGUGCAGUUUCUAAAAUUCAUCAGCACGGAAAUCAUGCACAAUGACGAUCCCGAGACCACACCAUCUGUGAAUAACGCGGUGUGGGCUCUUGGACUGAUCAGUGAGCGCAUUGACCUGGCUGAAUAUGUCAUAGAUCUGUCACGCAUUGUUCUGGACUGUUUCUGUGACACUACGCGGAUUAUACAUGGCUCUGUGGUCGAUAACCUGGCGGCCACCAUUGGACGCAUGGCCAAAUUCCAUCCGGAGAUUUUUGCCACAGGAGUGUUUGCCCAGGACGCCAGUUGGGCCCGCUGGUGCGAACACGCGUCUGGCUUACCAGACAUAGAAGAAAAAACCGCUGCAUACUACGGUUUUGUCAAGAUCAUGAAUUGCACUGACACCGGGAGGACUAUGUCAUCGUCCACGCUGCACAAGUUCCUGAGAGGUGUAUCACAGGAGGUGGAUAUCCAAGACUUUGUUGAAGACCUGUACGGGUUCUUGAUGACGCAUUCGGCCACACUGCAGAUGUUGAAGCUUUCGCCGGAAGAAAUGAAUUUUCUAAGUCAGUUAGAGCAGCAUUGA